GCGUUGUGUUGUGAUUUUGAUGUUUAUCCGAUCUCGGAGAAAUUGCGUUGGCUUCAUGAGGAGUACGAGUAAAUAAGGAAACUAUCUUAUUUAAUUGCGCAUUUGGCAGUAGUGACGAGCUGUUCUGGCAGAAAAUUCACAAAGUCCAGGUUUCAGGCGUGAACUGUAGUUAUUACAUACAGUGCAUAUAUUAGAAAAUUAUGUGUGUGAACACCUUAUGUGUUCAGGGUGGUGCGAGAAGUACACAGCGAACAGCAGGUAGUUCGCAUUCAAUUUGAUAACGCGUCAGACAGGUAAUUACGACGGUGGCAUUGUUUGUGUUUAUGUAGGCUACUUGUUGGUAGUGCAUUAGUUGCCGCGUACUCGUUUUCUGUCAAUUAAUGCUUUGUGCUUUAGAGGGGCGAUAGCGGGGCAGGAAGGAUUGCAUAUUAAUCAGGAUUGCUCGCCGAAGACGUCGAAAUGCCUUUCCUUGUUCCGUGGUUAGACAUUGGUUGAGCAGCUUUCUACUUGGUGGUCUUGUUGCGUGUCUGGUCCUCUACUACGUUUACUUCGAUCAUCAUGUGGAUACUAGCAGCAACAUGCUUGGAUUUACGGGCCGAGAGGCUCGAUUGGCUGGACGUGUGCGUGAGAUGGAAGAGCAAAACCAACUACUGCGACGACAGUUGAGUAUAUCACAGAGCCAUCUUGUGGCUGCUAUGCAUGGCAGUAGUGCCACCAACAGCACUCCAACACACCACUCUCCUGUCAACGGUCGGAACUGCCCUACUCAGGAGGCUGAUGUGCCAAAAUGUGAAGUCAUACAUGUUGCCAUUGUUUGCGCUGGAUACAAUUCCAGUCGAUCGGUUGUGACAUUAAUAAAGUCUAUAUUGUUCUACAGUAAAAAUCCACUACACUUUCACUUAAUAGCAGACUCAGUUGCACAGGUGAUUUUGCAGACGCUGUUCUAUACAUGGAGUGUCCCACAAGCCGAAGUGAGUUUCUAUUUGGCAGAUAAUGUUGUUCCGGAUGUUUCAUGGAUACCAAACAAACAUUAUUCAGGAGUAUAUGGACUUUUGAAAUUAACACUACCGAAAGUUCUACCUGACACAUUACAGAAAGCAAUUGUGCUGGACACGGAUGUAACAUUUGCAACUGACAUAGCUGAGCUCUGGAAAAUCUUCUCCAAACUAGAUCCCAAGCAGGCUAUUGGACUGGUAGAAAAUCAGAGUGAUUGGUACCUUGGUAAACUCUGGAAGAAACACCGCCCUUGGCCAGCAUUAGGCAGAGGGUAUAACACAGGAGUGAUACUUCUGCAAUUGCAACGCUUGCGUGAACUGGGAUGGGGCCACUUGUGGCGCCUCAUUGCUGAGAAGGAUCUUAUUACCAUGCUUGCCACAAGCCUUGCAGACCAGGACAUAUUCAAUGCAAUAAUAAAGCAACAUCCAUAUCUGGUGUAUAAUUUACCUUGUCAGUGGAAUGUACAACUCAGUGAUAAUACUCGAAGUGAACUGUGCUACACAGAAGUCACUGACCUGAAGGUAAUACACUGGAAUUCUCCAAAAAAAUUAAAAGUAAAAAACAAGCACGUUGAGUUUUUUCGAAACUUGUACCUAACAUUUUUGGAAUAUGAUGGUAAUCUACUAAGGAGAGAACUUUUUGGUUGCAACAAUACCAAGCCCUCUUUGAAAGAAAGAGAACUCAGCAAGCUCAACGAAGAAGACCCGUGUUACGAAUUCCGCCGUGCACGAGUCAAUAGCCUCAGAACCCAUCUCUACUUUUUGGAUUAUGAAUAUGAGCCCUCUACUGAUGGUUGUGAUGUGACACUCGUAGCACAAUUGUCCAUGGAUCGUCUUCAGAUGGUUGAGGCACUGUGCAAGCACUGGGAAGGUCCUAUUAGUCUUACACUGUACAUGUCAGAUGCAGAAGCCCAACAGUUUCUCAGCUAUGCUCUCAGCUCAGAGAUACUAAAUGGGAGGAAAAACAUUGGGUACCACAUCGUCUAUAAGGAAGGUAGCUUCUAUCCAAUUAAUUUUCUCCGUAAUGUGGGAUUGCAGCAAGUGAAUACACCAUAUGUGUUUCUUGCUGACAUUGAUUUCUUACCAAUGUUUGGUCUUUAUCAGUAUUUGAAGAAAUCUAUUCAGCUUUUGAAUUUAGAAUCAUCGAAGAAGGCUUUGGUUGUGCCAGCCUUUGAAACACAGCGUUACCGCAUAUCAUUUCCAAAGAGUAAGGCAGAACUGUUGAACAUGUUGGAUAUGGGUACUCUUUUUACAUUCAGAUAUCAUGUUUGGACAAAAGGCCAUGCACCUACCAACUAUGCUCGGUGGAGAACAGCAACAACGCCAUAUAAAGUGCAGUGGGAGCCAGACUUUGAACCCUAUAUAGUUGUUCGUAAAGAUAUACCUGAGUAUGAUACCAGGUUUGUGGGAUUUGGAUGGAACAAAGUAUCCCACAUAAUGGAACUUGAAGCACAAGGAUUUGAAUUUGUAGUACUUCCAAAUGCAUUCAUUGUUCAUAUGCCACAUGCACCAAGCUUUGACAUAGCUAAGUUCAGAAGUUCGUCUCAAUACAGAAAAUGCUUGAAGAUCUUGAAAAAUGAAUUUGUGAAGGAUCUGACAAAACGUUACGGCAAAGUUUUUAAAAAUGAUGUAAACUGAUUUUGUGGCAAUUGUACCAGUUAUAUGUGGUCAUUCUUUUCCUGUAAAUGCUUGUUAUACACCAGUAUUUGGACACAGAGUCUUUAUUUAUAGUAUCUUGUUAAUAAAAACAGGUUUUCUGCCUGUCUUGCCAGAUUUUGAAAAUUAUUGACUGAAUGACAGCAUGUUUUAUCAUGUAUCUCAGCAGCAUUCUGUGAUAUUUACAAGUAAUUGUGUGUGCUUGAACAUUUAUUUAAGUUAUUGAUUGUAUGAUUAUGAUGUCUAAUACAGCUGUUAAUUUUGUUAUAUGUGUGGUGUAUGUGAUAGAGAGAGCCAUGUCUUGCCAGAAGAUAAUCUCUGCUUUAUUUUGCUAAUGCAGAACAGAAAAGAGUGAAUAUAAUUCUUCAUACUAAAAUGCUUCCUUUUUAUAUGACCAUGUGCUGAAUGGAAUUUGUAUAAUGGUCCUGAGAAUUGUGAUCUAAAAAAAUAAGUUAUUUUACAAAAGAAUAAUUCUGUUGACCUUUUUGUCAUGCCAGUAAUUUUCAUAAUUAUGAUUUUUGCAGUUUUUGUUUUAUGUAGAUUGUGUACAGCUUGAAUGUAAUAGUAACUAUUUAGAGGAUAUUCAAAAUUAAUUAUGAUGUUUUACUGUUAUUUAUGUGUUUGGUAGUGAUAGAAUUUGCUUUUUAGCAAACUGAAGUAUUUAAUGGUCACACAUUUAUAUUACAUAAUUUUAAAGACUGACAUCAUAUCUAAACACUGAGUACAUUUUGAUGAAAAAAGUGCAAAAUCUAGAAAGAUAUUAGAAACAAUUUUAGGAAAAUUAGAUCUCUUACCACUUCAUGCAAAGAGUUACACUGGAGAGUACAAUUAGUAAACUUGAUGACAUCUAAACUUUUGAAUAUGUAUUCAGGUUUCUCAACUCAAGUCGUAGGACAAGCAUACAGAAUGUCUCACAGUUGGUCUCCUGUGUGUGUGUGUGUGUGUGUGUGUGUGUGUGUGUGUGUGUGUGUGUGUUGGGGGAGGGGCCUUGUUUGGAAGGGUAGUAGGAGGAAGAAUGUAGGAUGUGAAUGUCAUGUUUGAGUCACCAUGUACCGACUUCUUAUUGGUUAGGCUGAAUGAGUGAGAGGUUAUCCCUUUUCCACCACUCCCCAAGCUGACUUUCCCUGUUCCAAGCUUUAAGAGUGGAUAGAAAGGAAUUGCACAAAUAGUACAGCUGUGUGGUUCAGAUAUGUUUGCUCUCUCACAGCAUCCUAAAGUUUACUUUGUCUCUAAUCGUCAUUAUCCACUAUUCUAAUGGCAUUUCUUCAUGCGGACCUCUGUAUGUGCUUUACUCCUCUGUACACAAUAAACUGAUGAUGAUUCAUAGCUACUGAGGAUUGUUUCACUUCCAUUGAAUGUUCAGAAGUUGUCCAAUCAUACAAAAAUGAGUCUUUCUGUCCGCUUAUCUGUAAUACAUUAUUUUUGUGUGUUUUUACCAUCAACUAACAAUCCCUGUACCAAGUGCCAAUUGUCUGCAUGUUUUUUUGUAUUUUACUACAAUUUUCUAUCGUUGUGACUUCUCUGAGUGUAACAGCAUCACCCAUGGACAGCUCCACAGAACUUCUGACAUCAUCCACUUGGUCAUUUGUAUAUAUUGUGAAAAAUUAUGGCCUUGUAACUCUCCUGGGGUGCCCCCAAAGUUACUUUCAUGGAUUUCUCCCUGUUUUCAGUGAUAUGCUGCAUAUUCUGUUUGCUAAUGUUUUCUUUACUAGGAUCUCAUCAAUCCAAUCGGAAAGUUGGCCUAAUGUUCCAUAUGCUUGUAUUUUAUUUAUUAGGCAACAAUGCAGAACAGUACCAAACAUCUUCUGGAAGUCAUAGAACAUGUCAUCAACCUGGUUGUCAGUAUUUACUGACUUCUGCAUCUUGUGAACAGAGUGAACGAGUAGGGUUUCACACAAUCAUUGUUUGGAAAUCCAUGUUGAUUUCUACAGAGAAGAUUUUUGAUCUCCAUAAAUACAGGGGCAUACAACUUGUUUCAAAUUCUAAAACUUACCGACAUAAAUGAUGUUUGCCAACAGUUUCGUGCAUCUGCUUGACGACCUUUCUUGAAAAUUUGGAAUUUUUCCAAUCACAGGUAUCUCAUCAGUUCCAGAUGUCUUUCUUCUGUUGAGAGAUUUCAGCUGAUUUUCUAUCAUGCAGUCACUUAUUUCAGUUUCUGACAUUUUGAAAUUUAUGCAGUGAUUUAAAGGAGGAAUCAUAGUCUGAUCUUCCUAAGUGACCCAAUUUUGGAAAAAAGUAAUUAAGUAUUUCAGCCUUUUCUCUGUCAUGCUCUGUUAUGAUGCUGUUGCGCCCACUGUGUGUCUGGACAGAUGGCCUUGAUCCAUUUACUGAACAUGAGAUCAAAACUUCUUAGGAUUUUCUGUUGGAUCGGAAGACAGAAUUUUAUUUUAAAGUUCUCUGAAUGCUUCACACAUGGCUCUCCGAAUGUUGCUUUUGGCUUCAUUCAGCUCUUGUUUGUCUGUGUGGCUUUAGGCUAUGAUUAAAUCUGCAAUGAAGCUCUUGUUGCUUUUGGAACAGCUCUCUGUCAGAGCUAUUAAACCACAGUAUGUCUUUCUCAUCCUUCGCAGUUCUACUCAGCUCAUACAUGUCUAUGCAUAAUGUAGUAAACUCUUCAGUUUUGUCCAUUUAUACUCAAAAUUGUUAAUCUCAGAGAUGAAUGUUUUCUGCUGACCAUGGAGGUAAUCUGAAAUCUGUUUCUUGUUACAUUUGCUAAACAAAAAUGUCUGCCUACCUUUAAUUACAUUCCUAUUUACAAAUGUAUUCAGUGAUGCCCUAAAGUUCUUGUCUUUCUAGUAUCACUUGUGCUCUACAAAAUGUGUUGUGUACAUGCUGUUUGGUGCUCUUUAUACAAACUGCUUUUAAUUAACCAUUACAUUUUGUGCAUGAAAUAAUCUCUCAAACAUUUUCUGCUUGGACUGUUCAUACGUCUUGCUAUGAUUUGAAAUUGUCAGAGAGGAUUACAGUCUUCACUGUACAGAAUGGCUGUGUUUUGGUACAAUAAUUGUAUUAUCCAAUAAGGGUUGUAUUUGUUCAUCCGACAACGAGUUUAAAGAGAGCUCCUAGCAAGUAUUCUGAGUCACUUCAGUUAAUUCUACAAAGUUUUAUGCAACCUCUCUGUACAAACCUCCUACUCUCAUUCACUUAUUCUUCCUCCUUACAUACUGCAUUAAUUACCCGAUAAGCACAUUCUCCCCUGACAGAAAAUCAGUACAUUCUGGUGCCAGCUACAUCCGUCAAUUCAUGCUACAGAUGUUUUGCAUGCGUAACAGCUGUUGAAAUGCUUUGAGAAAGCAAAAUUUGAAAUGAAGAAUGAAUGAGAGAGAGAGAGAGAGAGAGAGAAAAGCAGUGUAUGUGGUGCAUUUGCUCUUCAAAAUGUGUGACUUUAAGAUGGGUGGUGCUCUGUUGUUCCUAAAAUUGCGUGACAUAUAAACAGUUCGCUACUUGUGGGUAAUAUUUCAUCCUGUGAAAUGGCAAUAAACUUGUUACUUCUACUAGGGAAAAUAAUAUUUAAUGGCUUGUUUUUUAAUUGAUAGUUUUUCUACUACUGUUAUCAUUACUGUGAGCAUGGUGGAGCAGUUUUACUGAACAUUGGCUCUUUGAUGCUUGGGAACUUAGUUAAAUUUUAAUGCUUAGGACUCCACAAGAUAUUUGAACAUGUCAUAUUAGUUGAGACAAAUUUCCUAUGCAUUUGUUUUUACUCAUGCAAUUACUGUCUCAGGAGUAUCAGAUAAUUAUCUCCAAAAGUAAUACUGUUACAAAAUGCCAGGUAUUUUUGAUUUAACUGUAGUGGAAAGUAUUGAGCAGACAUUUAUACAAAAUUGUCUUGAACAAUGGUUUGAACAGAAACAAACAACGCUUCUGUGUGAUGAAUACUUAUUUUUAUUCACUCCAUUAUUUGUGUUUCAUUCAGUAUUUUUCAUUGUUGUACAAAAAUCCCUUUUACUUAGAAAUAAUAUGUAAAUAUUAUAUUCUGAUUCUGUUCUUAAUACGCUGUUUAACACUUAGGUUUUAAUUAUAGAUACAUAAUGCUCCUAUAUUUGUUUCCAAAAACACACACACACACAUGUAUCCAUCCAUCCAUCUCAACCCCCCCCCCCCUCCCCCCCUCAUGCACUGUGUGUGUGUGCGUGCGAAUAGCAUGCAUGUGUAUGUGUAUUUGUGAACAAUAAUCUGUUGUUAUUGAAAUGUUUCCUGGGCUAAUGUGUUCAAAAUAUGAUAUAUUGUGUAUCUAUUUUUUAGUAGAUAUAGUCCUUGUAGCAACUAAAAAUACUUACAUAACAUAAAGUUUUUAAUGAAAAAAAAAAAAAAAAAAAGCUCUGUCUGGAUUACUCACUA